AUGCGUAGUGUGCGCAGCCGCCUCCGCCCUCCCUGGGCUCGCGCUAAAGCGGCGCGUCCGGCCAGCACUGGCACCCCGGCGGGAGCCGCCUGGGAGCCGGUGAACCGAGGGUCCUCGAGGGAGAGGCGCCUGGAGAAAAAGGAGCGCUGGAGGCGGCCACUGUCUUCCCUGCGGCCGAGGAAAAUGGUAUUCGAGUCGGUGGUCGUGGACGUGUUGAACCGGUUCUUGGGAGACUACGUGGUGAACCUGGACACGUCCCAGCUCUCUCUGGGCAUCUGGAGAGGAGCUGUAGCCCUCAAGAAUCUUGAAAUUAAAGAAAAUGCCUUGAGUCAACUGGAUGUCCCAUUCAAAGUUAAAGUUGGUCAUAUAGGUAAUCUGAAACUUAUAAUUCCAUGGAAAAACCUUUAUACUCAACCAGUUGAAGCCGUUUUAGAAGACAUUUAUUUACUCAUAGUGCCUUCUUCUAGAAUAAAAUAUGAUCCUUUAAAAGAAGAAAAACAACUUAUUGAAACAAAACAACAGGAAUUAAAAAGAAUAGAAGAAGCAAAACAAAAAGUAAUAGAUCAAGAACAUCAUGAGGAGAAACAGGACACUUUCGCAGAAAAAUUAGUUACUCAGAUCAUAAAAAAUCUUCAAGUGAAAAUUUCCAGCAUCCAUAUUCGUUAUGAAGAUGAUAUCACAAAUCGAGACAAACCACUAUCAUUUGGCAUUUCCCUUCAAAAUCUCAGCAUGCAGACAACUGAUCAAAACUGGAUUCCAUGUUUACAUGAUGAGUCUGAGAAGUUGGUUCGGAAGUUAAUACGAUUGGACAAUCUUUUUGCCUAUUGGAAUGUGCAGUCUCAAAUGUAUUAUCUUAAUGAUUAUGAUGAGUCAUUGGACAACUUGAAGACUGGUAUUGUCAAGGAAAAUAUUAUUCCUGAUGGGUUUGAUUUUGUAUUUCGCCCCAUAUCUGCUAAUGCCAAACUUCAGAUGAAUCGCCGAUCAGAUUUUGACUUUUCUGAUCCAAAGAUAAACCUGGAUGUUGAGUUACAUAACAUAGCAAUUGAAUUUAAUAAACUACAGUAUUUCAGUGUUAUGGAACUUCUUGAAUCAGUUGAUAUGAUGACCCAAAAUUUGCCAUAUAGGAAAUUUAAACCUGAUGUGCCUCUUCACUACCAUGCCAAGGAAUGGUGGGCUUAUGCUAUACAUGGUAUUCUUGAAGUAAAUGUUUGCCCCAGUUUACGAAUGUGGUCCUGGAAGCAUAUUAGAGAACAUAGACAAAAAGUGAAACAGUAUAAAGAACUAUAUAGAAAAAAGUUAACAAAUAAAAGGCCAUCUGGUGAAAUUCUCAUCUCUUUGCAGGAGUUGGAAAAAACUUUGGAUGUCUUUAAUAUAACCAUAGCUAGACAGCAAGCAGAAGUUGAGGUAAAGAAGGCUGGGUACAAGAUUUACAGAGAAGGAAUUAAAGAUCCAGAGGAUAAUAAAGGAUGGUUUAGUUGGCUGUGGACUUGGUCAGAGUCAAAUACUAAACAGCAACCUGACAUUAAACCUGGAAUUCUUGAAGAAAUGCUAUCACCUGAAGAAAAAGCUUUACUCUAUGAAGCAAUUGGCUAUAGUGAAACGGCAGUUGACCCAACUUUGCCCAAAACAUUUGAAGCCAUGAAGUUUUUUGUUCAUUUGAAAAGUAUGUCUAUUGUUCUAAGAGAAAACCACCACAAACCUGAGCUGAUAGACAUUGUUGUAGAAGAAUUUAGCACUUUGAUUGUACAAAGACCAGGCGCACAAGCAAUAAAAUUUGAAACCAGAAUUGAUUCAUUUUAUAUUACUGGCUUACCAGAUAAUUCAGAAAAACCCUACCUCCUAUCAUCAUUGGAUAAUAUGUCACUCUUCCAAAUUAUGUUUGAAAUAAAUCCAUUAGAUGAAACUGUUGCCCAAAGGUGUAUCAUAGAAGCUGAACCUUUACAAAUAAUAUAUGACGCAAGGACAGUGAAUAGUAUAGUAGAGUUCUUCAGACCUCCAAAAGAUGUACGUCUAGCACAGCUCACAUCAGCAACUUUGACAAAACUUGAAGAAUUUCGAAAUAAAACAGCAACAGGUCUACUGUAUAUUAUUGAAACACAGAAAGUUCUUGAUCUCAGAAUUAAUUUGAAGGCUUCAUAUAUUAUUGUCCCACAAUAUGGAAUUUUUAGUCCUACGUCAAAUAUACUUCUUUUGGAUCUUGGUCAUCUAAAGGUGACAAGUAAAAGUCGUUCAGAGUUACCAGAUGUAAAACUAAGUGGAACCAAACUUGAAGAGUUAAUGCAUAGAGCUUAUGAUUCUUUUGAUGUUCAGCUUACAAGCAUACAAUUGCUUUAUAGUAGAGUUGGUGAUAAUUGGAAAGAAGCACGAAAACUGAAUGUAUCUACACAGCAUAUAUUGGUACCCAUGCAUGUCAGCGUGGAGCUCUCUAAAGCUAUGGUUUUCAUGGAUAUCAGGAUGCCCAAAUUCAAGAUUUCUGGAAAGUUACCUCUUGUUUCUUUACGAAUCUCUGAUAAAAAAUUACAAGGAAUUAUGGAACUGGUUGAAAGCAUUCCAAAACCUACACCGGUAGCUGAUGUAUCUGCCCCUGUCAAGUCAUUGCAGAUUCAGUCAUCUAUGCCAACAUCACAGAUCACACAGAAAAUAAUUCCUUUCUUGGAACUGUCCUCCAUGACUGAAGAUGAUUCGGAGGAGGAAUUUUUUGAUGCACUGUCUAGUCCUGUGGAUGAAUCUCCUCCGAUAAUUACUGGAGCUAAAAUUACUCGACAUAGAAAGUCACAAAAACAAGACUAUUCACUGAAUUUGACAGAAUUUAAAAUACGAUUUGAAGUAGCAGAGGUUUUGAUUCAGUUUUAUCACCUUGUGGAAGAUUGUGAAAUAUCUGUGGUAGAAAUUGAUGUUUUAGGAUUGGGCACAGAAGUUAUGAUUAGAACGUGUGAUUUGAAAGCAAAUGCGUUUUUGAAAGAGUUCUGUUUAAAGUGUCCAGAAUACUUAGAUGAAAACAAGAAGCCCAUUUAUUUGGUCACGACACUGGAUAACACCAUGGAAGAUCUGUUAACACUAGAAUAUAUGAAGGCUGAAAAAAGUGCGCCUGACUUGAAAAGUACCUAUAACAAUGUUUUACAACGGAUUAAGGUGAAUUUUUCCUCUUUGGAUAUCCAUUUACACACAGAAGCACUUCUGAAUACAAUAAAUUAUCUUAACAAUAUUCUUCCACAAUCAGUAGAAGGAUCCCCAGUAUCUGUUAUGGAGACUGAAGACAAAGGAGAUGUCGUUAAAAAAUUAGCUUUAAAGCUAUCCAUGAAUGAAGAUAUUAUUACCUUGCAGAUUUUAGCAGAAUUAUCAUGUUUACGGAUUUUUAUUCAAGAUCAGAAGCGAAACAUUGCUGAAAUUAAGAUCGAAGGACUUGAUUCGGAGGUGAUUAUGAGGCCUUUAGUAACUGAAAUAAAUGCAAAGCUAAGGAAUAUAAUUGUAUUGGAUUCGGAUGUAAUGGCUCUGUACAAAAAGGCUCUUUAUAUCACUGGCAAAGAAGUUUUCAGCUUCAAAAUGGUUUCUUACGUGGAUGCCACUGCUGGCUCUGCAUACACAGAUAUGAAUAUUGUGGAUCUUAAAGUUCUUUUAACUGUCGGAUGCAUUGAAGUAGUGUUUGUCACAAAAUUUCUGUAUUCUGUAUUGGCUUUUAUAGAUAAUUUUCAAGCAGCUAAAAAAGCCUUGGCUGAAGCAACUGCUCAGGCAGCAGAAAUGGCUGCAACUGGUGUUAAGGAGCUGACUCAAAGGAGUUCCAGGUUGGCAUUAGAUGUUAACAUCAAUGCUCCAGUUGUUGUCAUCCCACAGUCUCCAGUUUCUCAGAAUGUUUUUGUUGCUGAUUUUGGACUGAUUACAAUGACAAAUAUGUUUACUAUGGUAACAGAGAGCCAGUGCAAUCCUCCACCUGUUAUUGAUUUAAUAACAAUAAAACUGAGUGAAAUGAGACUAUACAGGUCUCAAUUUAUUGAUGAUGAAUAUCAGGAAGUACUGGAUCUACUACUGCCUCUAAACCUUGAAGUGAUUGUUGAGCGUAAUUUAUCCUGGGGUUGGUACCAGGAAGUUCCUUGUUUUAAUGUAAAUGCUCAGCUGAAACCGAUGGAGUUCAUUCUUAGUCAAGAAGAUUUGACAACUAUUUUUAAAACAUUACACGGCAAUUUACACUAUAAAGAUGUCAGUGCCGCUCCUACUGUAACUAAAGAACCAAGUGGUGUUUCUAGUGGAGUCACCAGUGAGUCAUAUAAUACAGCAGGAACAUCUGUGGUGACUGCUGCUGUGGUAGAGGUGCACUCACAUGCUUCUCAGGUUAAGACAACACUAAAUGUGAGCUUCAGAACUGAUUAUCUCACCAUGGUGCUGUAUAGUCCAGAUCCUCAACAGGUCUCCUUUACAGAUGUUCGUGAUCCAUCUCUGAUGCUUGCUGAAUUUAAAUUGGAGAAUAUUAUAAGUUCUUUAAAAAUGUAUACAGAUUACUCAAUAUCCUCUUCUUUCUCAGUAAAAAACUGUAUUUUGGAUGAUAAAAGGCCCCAUGUCAAGAAAGCAACUCCUAGAAUGAUAGGACUAACUGUUGGCUUUGACAAAAAGGACAUGAUGGAUGUAAAAUAUAGAACAGUCAGAGAUGGUUCUGUGACUGAUGCAGUGUUUCAAGAAAUGUAUAUUUGUGCAAGUGUGGAAUUUCUGAUGACUGUCGCAAAUGUCUUUUUUGAAGCCUACACUACAGGCUCUGCUGUAGAAACCUGUGUUCAAACAUGGACUUCUAAGGAAGUACCUGUACAGCAGUUAGUGAAGUGGGAAGUGAAUAUUCUAAUUAAAAAUCCUGAAAUUGUGUUUGUGGCUGACAUGACAAGACAUGAUGCUCCUGCUUUAGUCAUUACAACACAGUGUGAAAUAUGCUGUAAAGGUGACAUUGAAAACACUACAAUAACUGCUGCUGUUAAAGACCUCCAAGUCAGAGCAUGCCCAUUUCUCCCAGUUAAGAGAAAAGGCAAAAUCACUACUGUUUUGCAGCCCUGUGACUUGUUUUAUCAAGCUACUCAGAUAGGUUCAGGUCCACAAGUGAUUGACAUAUCAGUUAAAUCUCUUACACUGAAGGUUUCACCUGUUAUCAUAAACACCAUGAUAACUAUAACUUCAGCACUUUAUACAACUAAGGAAACAAUCCCAGAAGAAAAUGUUUUUUCUAUUGCCCACUUAUGGGAAAAGAAGGAUACAAAGACUUUAAAAAUGUGGUUUCUUGAAGAAUCCAGUGAAACUGAAAAAGUUGCUACCACAACUGAAUUGAUUCCCCGAGGAGAGAUAAUGAAAGUGAACAUUGACUCCAUUUUUAUAGUUCUUGAGGCGGGAGUUGGUCAUAGGACAGUGCCUAUGCUACUGGCAAAGUCGCAUUUUUCAGGGGAAUGCAAAAACUGGAGUACUCUUAUAAAUCUACACUGUCAAAUUGAGCUAGAAGUUCAUUAUUAUAAUGAAAUGUUUGGUGUAUGGGAGCCUUUGCUUGAACCUUUAGAAAUUGAUCAGACUGAGGAUUUUAGACCAUGGAAUCUUGGAAUAAAGAUGAAAAAAAAGGCAAAAAAGGCCAUUGUUGAAUCAGAUACAGAGGAAGAAAAUUACAAAGUGCCAGAAUAUAAAACUGUCAUCAGCUUCUAUUCAAAAGACCAGUUGAACAUUACAUUAUCCAAAUGUGGCCUUGUGAUGUUAAAUAAUUUAGUCAAGGCAUUUACAGAGGCUGCUACUGGAUCUUCACCUGUCUUCAUAAGAGAUCUAGCACCAUUUAUGAUUUUAAAUUCUCUUGGACUUACUGUUUCCGUUUCACCAAGUGAUUCUUUUAAUGUACUUAAUGCCCCCAUGGCAAAAUCACACAUACUGAGUAAUGAGGAGAAUUUAAGUAUGGAUUAUGCACUGACUAAGGACAAUGAUCAUUUCAAUGCAAUGACCAGCUUAAGCAGCAAACUCUUCUUCAUUCUUCUUACACCUGAUAAUCACUCUACUGCUGAUAAGAUACCUUUAACAAAAGUGGGACGACGUCUGUAUACUGUAAGACACAGAGAAUCUGGAGUUGAAAGGUCUAUUGUAUGUCAAAUCGAUGCAGUAGAAGGAAGUAAGAAGGUGACAAUUCGCUCACCAGUGCAGAUUAGAAAUCAUUUUCCAGCCCCAAUCUCUGUUUAUGAAGGAAACACUUUAUUAGGAAUUGCAUCACCUGAAAAUGAAUUCAAUGUACCAUUAUCAUCCUACCGGUCAUUUCUUUCUCUGAAGCCAGAGGAUGAGGAUUAUCAAGUGUGUGAAGGACUUGAUUUUGAAGAAAUGAUAAAACAUGAAGGAACACUUAUAAAGAAGAAAUGUCAAUCAGCAAACCCCUCGAAGACACCAUUCAUUAUUAACAUUGUCCCAGAAAAGGAUAACUUGACAUCUCUCUCAGUGUAUUCAGAAGAUGGUUGGGACUUACCAUACAUAAUGCAUUUAUGGCCACCAAUCAUACUCCGAAAUCUUCUUCCUUACAAAAUUGCUUAUUAUGUACAGGGGAUUGAAAAUGCAGUUUCUACUCUCAAUGAAGGACACUCAGCCCAGAUUUGUACUGUACAGAUGGAUAGAGCCAAGCUGCACUUAAAAUUACUUGACUAUCUUAAUCAUGAUUGGAAAAGUGAAUACCAUAUAAAACCUAAUCAACAAGAUAUUAGCUUCAUCAAUUUUACCUGUAUUACAGAAAUGGAAAAGACUGAUUUAGAUAUUGCCAUCCAUAUGACUUAUAAUACUGGCCAGACUGUUGUGGCAUUUCAUAGUCCAUACUGGAUGGUCAAUAAAACUGGUAGAAUGUUACAGUACAAAGCUGAUGGAAUUCAUCGAAAACAUCCACCUAACUAUAAAAAACCAGUUCUUUUUUCUUUUCAGCCAAAUCAUUUUUUUAAUAACAAUAAGGUUCAGCUUAUGGUAACUGAUAGUGAGUUGUCAGAUCAGUUUUCAAUUGAUACUGUUGGUAGUCAUGGAGCCAUUAAAUGUAAAGGCCAAAGAAUGGAAUAUCAAGUUGGUGUUACUAUAGACCUCAGCAGUUUCAACAUUACCAGGAUUGUGACAUUUACACCGUUUUAUAUGAUUAAAAACAAAAGCAAAUACCGUGUAUCAGUGGCUGAAGAAAGAAGUGAUAAAUGGCUCUCGCUUGAUUUAGAAGAAUGUAUUCCCUUUUGGCCUGAAGAUGUUUCCAGCAAACUUCUGGUUCAAGUUGAAAGGAACACAGGUCCUCCCAAAAGGAUAUAUCUUAACAAGCAAGAAAAUUGUAUCUUACUGCGUCUGAAUAAUGAGCUUGGAGGGAUUAUAGCAGAAGUUAAUUUGGCUGAGCAUUCUACAGUUGUUACAUUUUCUGAUUAUCAUGAUGGAGCAGCUACAUUCCUAUUAAUAAAUCACACCAAGAAUGAUGUGGUUCAGUACAAACAAAGUUCUCUCGGUGAAAUAGAAGAUGCCCUUCCUCCUGGAAAAGCAGUGUUUUAUACUUGGGCUGACCCAGUGGGCUCUAGAAAGCUGAAAUGGAGUUGUGGGAAAAGCCAUGGAGAAGUAACACAAAAGGAUGAUAUGAUGACACCUAUUAUUUCGGGAGAAAAGACCAUUUAUUUAGUUUCAUUCUUUGAAGGCUUGCAACGCAUUAUUUUAUUCACUGAAGAUCCAAAGGUCUUUAAAGCAACCUAUGAAAGUGAGAAAGCAGAGUUAGCAGAACAAGAAAUUGUGUUGGCAUUACAAGAUGUUGGAAUAUCUCUUGUCAACAAUUACACAAAGCAAGAAGUAGCCUAUAUAGGCAUUACAAGUUCUGAUGUGGUUUGGGAGACAAAACCCAAGAAAAAAUCAAGGUGGAAACCAAUGAGUGUAAAGCACAAUGAGAAGUUGGAAAAAGAAUUUAAGGAAUAUACUGAAACUUCGCCUGCAGAAGAUAAGAUUAUUGAGUUGGAAACACAUGUUUCGGUUCGUUUAACACCUAAUGGUAAUAACAUGAAAAUUCUGCAUCCAAAUUUAAUAGCUCUACGAAGGAAUUAUCUUCCAGCAUUAAAAGUGGAAUAUUGCACAUCUGCCCAUCAGUCAUCAUUUAGAAUUCAGAUUUAUAGAAUACAGAUCCAAAAUCAGAUUCAUGGUGCUAUUUUUCCAUUUGUGUUUUAUCCUAUUAAGCCUCCAAAGUCUGUCACCAUGGAUUCAGCACCAAAGCCCUUUACAGAUGUCAGUAUUGUUAUGAGAUCUGCAGGACAUUCCCAGAUAUCACGAAUUAAGUAUUUCAAAGUAUUGAUUCAAGAAAUGGAUCUCAGGUUAGAUCUUGGCUUUGUCUAUGCUUUAGCUGACCUUAUGACAGAAGCUGAAGAAACAGAAACAACAGAGGUUGAUCUUUUUCAUAAAGAUAUAGAGGGUUUUAAAGAAGAAUAUGAAACUGCCUCAAUGGUAGAUCAAUCUCAAGUCAGUCUCUAUGAAUAUUUUCAUAUAUCGCCUAUAAAGUUGCAUUUAAGUGUUUCACUGAGUUCUGGUAGAGAAGAAACUAAAGAUUCAGAACAACGUGGAGGACUAAUUCCAGUUCAUUCCUUAAAUCUUUUGCUGAAGAGUAUUGGUGCCACCCUUACAGAUGUUCAGGAUGUUGUUUUUAAGCUUGCCUUUUUUGAACUCAACUAUCAGUUUCAUACAACAUCUGAACUAAAAUCUGAAGUAGUAAGGCACUAUUCAAAGCAGGCCAUUAAGCAGAUGUAUGUACUCAUUCUUGGACUUGAUGUUUUGGGAAAUCCCUUUGGCUUAAUUAGAGAAUUUUCAGAAGGUGUAGAAGCAUUUUUUUAUGAACCUUAUCAGGGGGCCAUCCAGGGACCUGAAGAGUUUGUGGAGGGAAUGGCACUAGGAUUUAAGGCGCUAGUUGGUGGAGCUGUUGGUGGAUUAGCUGGUGCUGCCUCCAAAAUCACCAGUGCUAUGGCUAAAGGGGUAGCAGCUAUGACAAUGGAUGAAGACUACCAGCAGAAGAGAAGAGAAGCUAUGAAUAAACAACCAGCUGGCCUUAGAGAAGGCAUCACUCGUGGAGGCAAAGGCUUAGUUUCUGGUUUUGUAAGUGGCAUUACAGGAAUUGUUACAAAACCUAUUAAAGGAGCUCAGAAAGAAGGAGCAGCUGGUUUCUUCAAAGGGGUUGGAAAAGGUUUAGUUGGAGCAGUGGCCAGGCCAACUGGAGGCAUCAUAGACAUGGCUAGCAGUACCUUUCAGGGAAUCAAAAGAGCUACAGAAACUUUUGAAGUGGAGAGUCUACGACCUCCUCGGUUCUUUAACGAAGAUGGAGUUAUUAGACCUUACAGGUUGAGGGAUGGUACUGGAAAUCAAAUGCUACAGGUGAUGGAAAAUGGAAGAUUUGCAAAAUACAAAUAUUUUACUCAUGUCAUGAUCAAUAAGUCAGACAUGUUCAUGAUAACUAGACGUGGUGUAUUGUUUGUGACAAAGGGAACAUUUGGACAACUUACUUGUGAGUGGCAGUAUAGUUUUGAUGAAUUUACCAAAGAGCCAUUCAUUGUUCAUGGAAGACGACUGCGCAUUGAAGCCAAGGAACGGGUGAAAUCUGUAUUCCAUGCCAAAGAAUUUGGAAAAAUAAUUAACUUCAAGACCCCAGAGGAUGCUAGGUGGAUCCUUACAAAGCUGGAAGAAGCAAGAGAACCGUCUCCAAACUUGUGAGGAAGAAGACUGUCUAGAGACCCAGCAACGAGUCAUUAUAGCUCCCAUGCUAUGCCUUCCAACAUUUGUUAGGAAGCAUAUUACAGGAAUGUUUUCAAGCAUCCUGUAUUUGAAAUGCUUCUUAAAAAACAGAGUAAGGCAAAACAGCUAUGUGAUUAAAAUGUCAGAUCCAUUCAGCUUUCUAAAUUGAAUCAUGCAUCUGAUUAUGAUUCUUAAAAGAAUUGUAUUCUCUGAAGUGGGGAAGAGACUGCCACUAGUCCGUCCAUGCAGAGUGAAGCUGCACUUCUCUCAUGCUUUCUUCAGUCUUCUGAGGGUUGGGUAGAUGAUCAAAUCAGAGCUUACCUCAUUAUUCUCAUGAGAACUUUGGAGGUGAUUUUUUCAAAAUCAUGAAGUUCUUUUUACAAGUAAAUAUUUUAGUGUUAUUUUCCUUUUUAAAUUAAAAGGUGGGUGUAAUGUACUUUAAAUGCAUACCAUGAUUAUGAAAAACAACCUUUCAAGCUUUAAUAAAGGUUUGAAACAAUGAAUCGUGUACCCAAAAAGGGAAAAGUCCCUUUCAGAACUUUGGCAGUUAGUAUUUUGCAAAGACAAAUUCCUAAAGCCUUAAUAACUACUUUCUGUUCACUGUAACAAGAAAAAUAUAUCAAAGAUGCUAAAAUUUUUGAGUUAUGCAUCAAAACAGCAAAUCCUCACAUAAAACCCAUCCAAUUGGCCAUAGAGAAUGACACAGAAAGGAAUUCUUAAAGUGGAAAUAACUUAUUUACAUGUACAGGCGUAUUAGUAAAAAUAAGGUUAUGGGUUUUCAUUUUCUUGGUUUUUGUCCAAGAUCUUUGCACCUUAAUAUUAAUGGACUAUUGAAAGGGGAUGAAUGUAUAUGAACAGAAAAGUGUAAUGUCUAGUGCCCUUGAUAAAUGUACUACAAAUUUAUAAGCUGUUUUGGAAUCUUAAAUUCUAUAUUGUCAAUGGUUGUGAAAUUCUCAGGCUCAUUAAACCCUUGCUUUGUUGUAAAAGCUAAAAUAAACAGCAUGCCCGACUGCAAUUGUAUUCCUUGCUGACCAAAUCCUGCUAUACAUUUUUGUAACUAGAGGGGAACCAACAGUAGUUCUUCCCAGAAUGCAUUCUUUCUUGAGUAUAUAAAUUGAUUCAAAAGAUGACAGAUUCAAAAGAUGACAAAUUCGUCAUAUAAUUUGGUGUCCUCAUGAUUAAGCUACAUAUUUUCUGUUGCUAAGUGCCUCCAAUUUUGGUUACAUUAGAAUUAAACUUAAGCACAGAGGUAAUCAGAAAACUUGCUUGUGCUCAUCAAGAAUGUUGCUUUCCUUGAGUCUCAUUCAGUGCCAUUAGUGAAAUACCUCAGUAAGUACUCCAUGUCAUGAUUUCAACAUUCAGAGAGCUUAUAACGCUCUGGGUGACCCAUGGUACAAAAGAAUUCCUCUGGCAACCAGCAGCUGUUACUAAUACACAUACAAAGGCAGUGUGUUAAACAUUGCUGUUCCCUACCAGUAAGGACUUAAAAAAUCUUUCCUCCUCUUAUCCUUUUUCUGCCUAUCACCUCCCCUCUAUAGAGUAAGACUCAAUUGCAUUUCAUUUAUAAUUUACAGUUUAUUUUGUAACUUAGUUGUGUGUUCAAUUCAAUAGUCCUUUUAAUGUAAAAGAGCCCAAAAAGUAAAAUCAUAUUCCUGCCUGGUAAAAAAAAAAAAUCUGUUCAGUGCUGAAUUUUCUGUAUCUUAGUAUUCAGUCGUUAAUUGCCACUGUUGAUUCUUCAGGUUGUGCCAAAUGCUCAUCAUUAGGGCUCCUAUAUCCAAAACACAAAGUACUGAAUGUGUGCCAUGUAAACUGAAGAGCAGUCACUGAUACUAUUUCCAUGGUUCAGCCAACACAACUCAGAGGAAGUUUACUGGGGCUUCAGCCUUAGGUUUUGUUGGGUUUCUUUACCUUUUCUCAAAAAUUAAGAUCCUUGAAGUGUUUUUUUUUUCAAAUUGUAGAUUGUACUCAUUGGUGACUGGCCAUGGGAUGAGUUUUAACAGCUCACAAGACCAGCGGACUUCAAAAAUGGAGUAUUUUUAAAAGAAAAUAACAUGUAAGAAGGCUAACUACUGUUUGCUGAAAUAUCAUUUCAACUACUCUAGAAACAACUUAGUUCACACAGCAUAAAGUGUUGUUUUUUUUUUUAAGUUAUAGUGUAUUUUCUUUAAAGGCAUGGCCCAGCCAGUACCUACUGGGAACACUGGGAUAUGGAUAUCUUAGAUAAGCAGCAGUACCUCCAAGGUGCAGGAAGCCUUCGUAUCAAGUGCAAGCCUACUUUAGAGUGAUAACAUAGAAUAGCUUCUAUCCUGGUUUAUAAAAUGUUUUCCUUAGCUAAUGGUUCAAGAUAUACCUUCAUAUUAUUUCAAUAGACUAGAAAAAGCAUAGAAAAAAACAGAUUUUACAAAAGACCCUAGGCUGUCAUUUAGCUAGGUGUAUUUACAUCUCCUGAUCAUUAAGCAUGUUACCAUAGAAUGAGGAAGUUUUCCUUUUGAGACAGUUGAAUUUGGUCCACCUACCUUUAUGCUGAUUCACCAGGAAGCAAAGGCCCUUAAAGAUGGAUAGUUGAUAAAUAGGUACAUUCUUGUAGACUAAAACAAGUGCAUUUUAACUAAAAAUAGAUUUCCAAGUCAGAUAUUGUGUUGUAACUUGCACUUCUGCUGCAGACUCUACACAGUACUUAAUCUGAUCUCCUUUGGUGCUUUGUGGUAUCACGUGUAACUCCUUCAUUCUAAAAAGAAACCCAUUCAUCCUCCAGCUCCAUCCUUCAAAUACACUGUUAGACAUUAUUAGUGUUUACCUAAUCAAGGAAGCAUUAAUUGAAAUAUCUAUGGUUUUUAUAAUCCAUAAUUUCACUUUUGACCAAUACAGCUAUUAUUGCACACACACCCUUUCUGCCACAACUGGUGUAAAAGAAUUUAUUUCAGGGAUACCCCAGAAGCAGGGCCAGCCCUUCACUGCAUUCUACUCCAUCACAGACUUCAUGGACAUUUAACUGAAACUUUCUUCUACUUCAUUUCCUAUUCUAUAAAAGUAUCCCAUGAUUUUUUUAACUUUAGAAUUAUGGAUUUGUUAUUUUUAAAGUACUAUGGCAUUUUUGAAAAAUGAUCACUUUAGUUACCCAGGAAACUAGCUUCAAAUUUCAUAGCUUAAUAAGUUAGUAUAUUUUAAAAUUUUGUAGUACUUUAUACAAGUAUAAAUUUGUAUCAUACUGUAAUACCUACUAUGAUAUCAAACUGCCUUGAAAGUGUCUGUCACCAAACACCAUUUCAUAUUGCUGAUAACUCAGUAAUGGAAUCCUGCUAGUCAAUUCCUUGUAAUAAAAAAAAUCCCUAUGAGACUGAUUUAAUAAAUGUCUAAGAAUUAUACCUAAAGUAGAACAUGGUGAAAAACAUUGUUUCAUUUUAUACCAUCGUGGUUCCAAUGUCUGGUUAUCCAAAAGUUCACAGUCCCUGAGCUGAAAAAUAUAUUGUAUGAGUUAUACAUUGUAAUAUUCUCAAUAGCAAUAAUCACACCAUACCCACAAACUAUGAAAGAUGAUAGAUAUUUGGGAGUUGUUACAAGGUAAGGUAACGAUCAUCUUUGUAUAUAACUAUUGCAUUUAAUGAAGUUAUCAGGGAAGGUGCACCUUAAAAUAAUUUCUCGUGCUAAUUUUUAUUGUACGAUCCCAUAUUUAUAAAAUAUUCAGACUAGUUUCUUGCUGAUUUUUAAAGUGACCAAAAUAAUCUCUGCUUCUUUAUGAUGCAUAUUUG